AUGGGCAAAUGCAGCAAAGAUAAACGGGACAUAUACUAUCGCCUUGGAAAAUCGGAAGGCUAUCGAGCGCGUUCGGCCUAUAAACUGAUCCAUCUGGACGAGCAGUAUGGACUGUUUAACAAUCCGGACCACGCUGUCAACCGAGUCAUCGAUCUAUGUGCCGCCCCGGGUAGUUGGUCUCAAGUCCUAGUCAAGAAGCUAAACGAAGCAAAGUCGGCUGAAGAUGAACCAGCCAAGAUCGUCGCAGUCGAUCUCCAGCCAAUGGCCCCGAUCGAUGGUGUAGUCCAGAUUGUGGGGGACAUCACUAAACUCGAAACAGCGACGAGUAUUCUAUCCCAUUUCGAAGGACAAAAGGCUGACCUGGUUGUUUGCGAUGGAGCCCCCGAUGUCACUGGUCUACACGAUCUUGAUGAAUUCGUGCAAUCCCAAUUACUUCUAGCUGCCCUAAACAUCACACUUUCGGUGCUAAAAGUUGGCGGGACGUUUGUGGCGAAAAUAUUUCGUGGAAGGGAUGUGAAUAUGCUCUAUGAUCAGCUGUCGAACUUCUUUGGCGAGGUUGAUUGUGCAAAGCCCCGCAGUUCCAGGUCUUCUAGUAUAGAGGCAUUCGUAGUGUGUCGGAAUUAUGAUCCACCCGAGGGUUUUGUGCCGGAUAUGACGCACCCCCUACUGAUGAAUCCGGCCACACGCUGUGAAUCUGACGAAGGCAGCUCCCAGGAUCUCCGCCGUAUUCUUGACUUUGUGGCCUGUGGUGAUCUCUCGGCCUGGCCGGACUCGGACAUGAACUAUCCUCCGCCAUCACCGCCGGGGACUGCUCAGGAUGGUGGACAGGACUCGGAUCCUAUCGCUCCGCCAACUGAACCUCCCUACAAGGAAUGGUUGCUGAAGAAAAGUCGGGGAGAAAUUUGA